GGAGGAAAUGCAGGCAGAUCCACUGACAAGCAGGGAGGAAGACGCUUUCAGAGGAAUCACUAUAAACAGACACAGACAUGCCUGAGCCCCAGAAGCCAGCAGCCGACGGCGAUAAGGCUGCAGCAGCCCCUGCUGACCAGAAGGAGCAAGCAGAGGAGGAGGAUGCCCAGCCUGCUGUAGAACAUGCACCAGGGGAGGGUCCUCAGCUGUCCGAGCUGAGCGGCAUGUUCGUGGAGAAGCCGGAGAGCGUCACAGCAACAAAAGGCAAGGACAUCACAUUCGUGGCUAAAGUGGAUUCCUCAAACCUGACGAGGAAGCCUGCCAUGAAAUGGCUGAAGGGGAAAUGGCUGGACCUGGGAAGCAAAGCUGGGAAGCACAUGCAGUUCAAAGAGUCUUACGACAGGAACACCAAGAUCUACACUUACGAGAUGAGCAUCAUCAAAGUAGUGGAUGCAGACGCAGGUGGCUAUCGCUGCGAGGUCACCGCCAAAGACAAGUGCGACAGCUGCACAUUCGACAUCACUGUGCAGGCUGUACAAGAGGACCAGCAGGACAACAUCUUGGAGGCGUUUAAGCGAUCUGGAGAUGCAGGUGAGGAUGCUGGAGAUCUUGACUUCAGUGCGCUGCUCAAGAAAAGGGAGAGGAAACAAGAAGGGCCAAAAGAAGAGGUGGAUGUCUGGGAAAUUUUAAAGGCAGCCAAGCCCUGUGACUAUGAGAAGAUUGCCUUUGAGUAUGGCAUCACAGACCUGAGGGGCAUGCUGAAGAGGCUGAAGAAGAUGAAGAAGGUGGAGCCCAAGAAGAGUGAUGCUUUCCUGAGGAAGCUGGAUCCAGCCUACUCAGUGGACAAGGGCAAGAAGAUCCAGCUCACUGUGGAAGUGGCCGACCCUGACGCUCCUAUCAAAUGGCUCAAAAAUGGACAGGAAAUCAAACCAUCGGCCAAGUAUGUGUUUGAGAGCGUGGGCAACAAGCGGACACUCACUAUCAACAAGUGCAGCCUGUCGGAUGACGCAGCAUACGAGUGCGUGGUCGGGGAGGAGAAGUGCUUCACGGAGGUUUUUGUCAAAGAGCCUCCAGUCACCAUCACCAAGCUGCUGGACGACGUUCACACCGUGGUGGGUGAGAAGGUGGAGUUUGAAGUGGAAGUGUCUGAGGAAGGAGCCAACGUCAAAUGGAUGAAAGAUGGAGUUGAGCUGACUAGAGAAACUGCGGGUUCAAAGUACAGGUUUAAAAAGGAUGGGAAGAGGCACAUUUUGAUCAUAAACGAAGCCACUACAGAGGAUAUUGGGAUGUACUACGCCUUCACCAACGGUGGAGAGUCGAAGGCAGAACUGGAGGUUGAAGAAAAGGAGCUGGAGGUUCUGCAGAGCAUAGCUGACCUGACGGUGAAGUCAGCUGAACAGGCUGUAUUCAAGUGUGAAGUGUCAGAUGAAAAGGUGACGGGGAAGUGGUUCAAGGAUGGUGUCGAAGUCCAGGCCAGUGAUCGCAUCAAAAUGACGCACAUCGGAAGGACCCACAAGCUUACGAUUGAUGACGUGAAGCCUUCAGACGCUGGAGAUUACACCUUCGUUCCUGAUGGUUACGCACUUUCUCUCUCUGCAAAACUCAACUUCCUGGAAAUCAAGAUCGACUACGUUCCCCGGCAAGAUCCUCCCAAAAUCCACCUGGACACCAGCGGCACGGGCAACAAGAACACCAUCAUCGUGGUGGCUGGAAACAAACUUCGUCUUGAUGUUGAGAUCACAGGAGAGCCGGCGCCCACCGUGUGCUGGAUGAAAGGAGACACAGUGGUGGCUGAGGCCGAGGGACGGGUCCGCGUGGAGACCAGGAAGACCCUGAGCAGCUUCGUAAUCGAGGGGGCGGAGAAACAGGACGAGGGUCCCUACUCCAUCACCGUGACGAACCCAGCCGGCGAGGACAAGGCCAACGUCAUUGUCAAAAUUGUGGAUGUGCCCAUCCCUCCUGAGAAUGUCAAAUGCACAUCAGUUGGCGAGGACUCUGCUAUAAUCACAUGGGACCCUCCUCCGUUCGACGGCGGAGUUCCCAUUAAAGGAUACCUGAUGGAGAGGAAGAAGGUUGGCUCGGACAGAUGGACGAAGCUCAACUUUGAUGUUUAUGAGUCCACCACGUAUGAGGCUAAGAAGAUGAUUGAAGGUGUACUUUAUGAAAUGAGAGUGUUUGCAGUCAACGGCAUUGGCAUCUCUCAGCCCAGUGUGAACUCAAAGCCCUUCAUGCCCAUUGCCCCCACCAGCGAGCCCACUCGUCUCAUGGUGGAUGAUGUGACAGACACUACCUGUGCACUCAAGUGGCGUCCUCCAGAGAAAAUCGGCGCAGGCGGCAUUGACGGCUACAUCAUCGAGUACUGCAAAGAAGGAAGUGACCAGUGGGUACAGGCUAAUGAGAAACCAGUGGAAAAGAACCAGUACAGGGUGAAGGAUCUCCCAGUGGGGGAGAAGAUGCUGUUCAGAGUGAUAGCUGUCAACAUCGCUGGACGCAGCCCUCCUGCCACGCUCACCCAGGGAGUCACCAUCAGAGAGAUCAUGGAGAAUCCAAAGAUCCGCCUGCCUCGCCAUCUGAGAACCAAACUCAUCACACUUGUGGGCGAGAAGGUGAACUUGGUCAUCCCCUUCCAGGGGAAGCCUCGCCCUAUUGUGACCUGGUUUAGAGAUGGCGUCCCCCUGGAGGACAAAACGGUGGGAACUCGCACCAGCGAGGUGGACACCAUCCUCUUUAUCCGCUCCUCAGAGAGAACCCACUCCGGGAAGUACACGCUGUCCGUUCAGAUCGAGAACAUGUCCGACAGCGCCGACAUCCACAUCCAGGUUGUAGAGAAGCCCGGUCCUCCCAUUGCUGUGACUGUCACUGACGUCUGGGGCUUCAAUGCUGCACUGGAGUGGAAGCCCCCCAAAGACGACGGCAACUGUGAGAUUAUCGGCUACACCAUCCAGAAGGCCGAUAAGAAGACUAAG